UAAUCACAGUUAUGCUCAUAUAUAUAUCCCGAUCUGUUAAGCGUGUUAAUUCGUGUUUAGUUUGGUUUGUACAAGAUCACGUUGUAUUCUUUUUCCCGAGCAUCUACCACAAAAGAUGGAACUAAUGUGGUGAUGUUUCUGUUUUGGCGGAUGCAUUUGAAUGAGGGACCGUGCGCUUCCCCAGCUGAUACAUCCCAAGGAAGUGUUUUUCCCCGGUAGACCAUGAGCAAAGACUCCCAGAUGAGGGCUGCGAUUAACCAGAAGCUCAUAGAAAUGGGGGAACGGGAGCGGUUGAAGGAGCUGCUGAGGGCAAAGCUGGUGGAGUGUGGAUGGAAGGAUCAACUGAAGGCACAUUGCAAAGACGUGAUUCGAGAAAAAGGCUUGGAGCAUGUCACCGUGGAGGACCUGGUCACAGAAAUCACACCCAAAGGGAGAGCGCUCGUUCCCGACAGCGUGAAAAAGGAGCUCCUGCAGAGAAUCCGAGCGUUUCUAGCUCAACAUGCAACCUUGUGAACGCUACCUCGGCUGUCCGCAGUAUUUUUUUUAAUAACCCCCAACACCCCCCCCCCCACCCCACGUUGACAUUAAAACAAGUGUUUUCAUUUA